AUUUUCUAAUGGAUAAGAAAGUCUCCAAAAAACUAAAGAGCUUUGAAACAGUGAAUUGGUUGAAAAAUCGAUUUAAGAAUUAGGUUAGAGAUAAAUAUAUAUUAAAUGAUAAAGAGCUUAAAGAGUAAAUCAUGAUGAAAGCUGUAUUUAAAUCAAUUGAUAGAGAUAAAUCAAGUUUCAUUUAUUGUUUUGAUCAUAUUUUUAGAAUUUUUAGAUAGGUAAGAACUCUAUGAUAUGUUCAAACGAUAUGGUAUUAAUAUAACCAAGACUAAACUAAAGGAGUUUUUUAAAAGAAUUGAUUAAGAUGAAGAUGGUAAUAAACACAUGAUUUAUCUCAGACAAACUUAAUUGGAAUGAUUUCAAAUAAGCCUUACAAAACUAGGAAGCAUUACAAAGUAAAAAUUAAUUAUUAUUUAUUAAAAAGUGUUUGCUGAACUGAUGAGAAAGAUAAAGGAAUCUUCAGAAAAAAAAGGAAAACUAAAUGAACUAAGUUUCAUCCCUUUGAGUUUUCCAAACAUGAUACAAUAUAUGAAUUAUUGUGUAUUGAGAGAAGAACUUAUAUAAAAAAUAAACUCUAACUAAUUGAAUACUUAAUAAAAGGUUAAAUAAUGCAAAAAUCUCCUAUCUUUAGAAGACAUCUGUUACAAUAAAGUGAUUGAAUUAAAAGAUGAAAAUGAUGAAGAACAAGAAUCUGCUUUCAAUAUUAAUUCAGCUAAAAAAUAUAAUGAUCAUCAAUAAAUUACUAUUUUAAAAAGAUUAUAAGAAAAAGAAUAAAUUGAAUUACGUCAAGUAAAUUUAAACUAUUAUUUAUUAGAAUCGAAUUCGAAAAUUAAGUACAUCUUAAUAUUAUAAAUCUGAAACUGAACAAACUAAUCGUUCAAUGAGAAAAUAGAGCAAAUAAAAUAGUACAGAUUAGAAAUAAAUUGUUUCACAAGAAUGCAAAUUAAUAGGUUAAUUAAUUUCUGAAAAUUAAAGGGAACUUCCCAUUAUAUAAAAAGAUUUUUAGUAAUAAAUACAAACUCCAAUGUUGAUGUCAGAGAGAAUUUGUGAAAGCGACAAUCCUUACAAAUAUAAUCAUAAAGUCAAUAAAUAUAAAAAUAAAAAUAAUUCUUCUGAAACUGAAAUCCCAAAGGGAUAACAUUUUACCACCUAACAUCUCAUUGUAUAUUAGUUAAUUUAAUUUUUUAGAAUCUUAGAACUCCAAUGUAAUUUUGUUUAAGAAAACCUAUGCAUUCUCCAAAGAGAAGAAGAAUUAUAUCCUAAACAAUGUUAUCCAAAAAUUCUAAUAAAAGCUGAAUUGUGAC